CAUGGCGGAGGCGGGAAAAGAGCCUGCAGGCCUCGCGUUCCCGGGAGGAGGUGCCACCCAAUGGCCUCUGCAGCGGUAUGGACGCUUCAUGCCCUCAGGCACCGGAGAGCCUCCUGGUCCUGGUGAGGGCCCGGGGACAGCCUCUUCCCUCACAUGGAAGGUUUUUGACUCCAGUGAAGAAUCUGGGUAUCUUGUUCUCACCAUCGUUAUAUCAGGUCAUUUCUUCAUUUCCCAAGGACCCACACUGCUGGAAGGGUUUUCACUCAUUGGUAGCAAGAACUGGUUGAAGAUUGUGAGACGCAUGGAUUGUCUGUUGUUUGGAACAACGAUAAAGAACAAGAGCCGCAUGUUCCGGGUGCAGUUUAGUGGAGGGUCCAAGGAGCAGGCGCUGGAAAGCUGCUGCAGCUGCGUGCAGAAGCUGGCCCAGUAUGUGACCGUCCAGGAGCCUGACAGAGUCAGCCAGGAACUCAGGCCAAGUGCUGGCCUGCUGGGGGCAGGUGAAAGCCAAGGGAAGGAUUGUGCACAGCACAUCCCACCACAGCACCGGUCACACCAGAAGCCAGAGAAGCAGCAGCAGCAUGGACCGGCCGGCAGAGGGACUUCAGGAGGAAGGACCUCAGUGAGUUGGUUGGCUCAGUCUCUCCUGGUGUCAGAGGAGCUGUCCCCGGUCUAUGAACAAUCUGCGUGGGACACGGAAGACUUACGCCCCUUUCUACGCUUGUGCCUCAUGGAUCAGAAUUUCCCCGCAUUUGUGGAAGAGGUGGAAAAGGAACUUAAAAAGCUGACAGGGUUGAGAAAUUAACACUCCACGUACAUAUAGCACUAAGGAACUUGAAAAAGUUCACUGAAAAAGUGCUUCCUCCUAAGAUUAGAUACAAGAAUAAAGAGUAUUAUUCCAAGCACCUUUUAUCAAUGUUUUAUUUUUAAAAACAGUGAAUCCACUUUUUUAUACAUCAUUGCACUUCAACACUUACACAGAACACAAGUACAUGCAUCUACGGUUACACACCGCAUGAGAACCCUGCCGGGUGAGAAAAUCUACACUCAACUGUUUUAAAUCAAUGUGAAAAAUACAGUGUCAACCCCAGAGGAUAACUAGUUGCAUAGAAUACCAUGCUAUAACAUUUCAAGGUCAUUGAAAACAAAAG